AUGUCCGCUCUCCACGCCAUCCUCAUCAGCAGUCUGCUCGGCGCCGCAACCCUCGUCCGGGCCGACAAUCCCUUUGUGCAGACUCGCUACACCGCCGACCCCGCCACGCUCAUCUACCGAGACCGCCUGUGGGCGUUCACCAGCCACGACAAUGACGACGCCACGUGGUUCAACAUGACCGACUGGCGCCUCUACUCGACCGACGACAUGGCCAACUGGCAGGACCACGGCAGUCCCGCCGGCCUACGGACCUUUGCCUGGGCUCGACAGGACGCCUGGGCCCCUGGCGCGAUCGAGCGCGACGGGAAGUUCUUCCUCUACGUGCCCGUCACCCCGUCGUCGGGCGGCGGCAUGGCGAUCGGGGUGGCCGUGGCGGACGACAUCGCCGGGCCCUACACUGAUCCGCUCGGUGGGCCCCUCGUCCACAACGGCGAGUUCGACCCCACCGUGUUCAUCGACGACGACGAGCAGGCCUAUCUGUACUGGGGCAACCCGAAUCUAUGGUACGUCAAGCUCAACCGCGACAUGAUUUCCUUCUCGGGUGCGCCGGUGCAGGUCGAACUUACACCAGCUGGGUUCGGCGCACGACGCCCCGACGUGCCCAAGGAGGGCCGCCCGACGUCGUACGAGGAGGGACCAUGGCUGCAUAAGCACAACGGAACGUAUUAUAUGACUUACGGGGCCAACUGCUGCGACGAGGACAUCCACUACGCCACGGCGCCGUCAGCGACGGGGCCCUGGACGCACGGCGGGCUGCUUAUGGCCAGCCAGGGCGGGAGUUUCACCAACCACCCCGCCGUGGUGGACUACAAAGGGAAAGCGUACUUUUUCUACCACAACGGCGCGCUGCCCGGCGGCGGCGGGUUCCAGCGCUCGGUGGCGGUGGAGGAGCUUGCGUACGGCGCCGACGGGGGCAUUCCGCUCCUGACCAUGACCGCGGGGGGACCCGCGCAGAUCAAGGGGUUCGAUCCGUACGGCCGGGUCGAGGCGGAGACGAUGGCGUUCUCGCGCGGGGUGAGCACGGACGUCUCGUCAGAGGGGGCGGUGUUUGUCAGCAAGAUCAGCAAUGGGGACUACGUCAAGGUCGGCGGGGUGGCUUUUGGCGAGGAGGGUGCGGCGUCGUUUGCGGCGGUCGUGGCUGCGGGACGGCGCAAGUGCGAGCGCCCGGCGGAGCUGCAGAUCAGGCUGGAUGGGGAGGACGGCGAGCUGGUGGGAUCGUGCGAGGUGCCGGCCGACACUGGCGGGUGGGAGAGCUGGACGACUGUGGCCUGCGAUGUCGAGGGCGCGACGGGGACGCAUGAUGUUUUCUUUGGGUUUGUGGGGAGUGGCGAGGGCGACUUGUUCAAUUUUGACUCUUGGGAGUUUGCAUGA